AUGUUCUAUGCAUUCUGUAUCAUUCUCAUUACCCUGCCUCCGCUCGUUUACACACUCGUUCGAAUUCAUCGCCUUACUCGCAAACAAGUGACUAUUUACCUAACAGAUUUUACCGACAUCCGUGCACUACUAGCACCAUCAACAAGCCUCACCACCCAACUCAUCACUCACGCCAUCCCCAAUGCCCGUUUUAGACAGGUGUUCGGGAUCUGUUCUCCUUUUACUACAUGGCACAGCCACACAGUACAUACUUCCCUUACAACAACAACCACAGCCCUGAUCACCCAGCAUGGUGCCCCAUACCCAUGGCCAACAUUUGCAGCUGUUGCACGUUAUGCCAUUGAUGCCUUUUUGCCUUACCAUGUCGACCGCCCGCCAAUUGCAUUCGACACAUUCAUCCAAAUUUUAACCCUUCGUACUAUCCUCAUACAACUUCUUGGAGCUAACCCAGCCGACUUGGUGAGCGAGCAUGACCUCGCCGCUGUCACACAUGGGAUCGGGGUGCUGUGGCACAUAUCGGAUACCGGCAGUGUCAUGCUGCACCUCCUUUCCACCAUCACUGGGCACCUCCACCGCUGGCUCCCAAUGUAUGAGAAUCCCAUUGAGCUCGUGACUCCCGCAUAUGAGGCGAUAUGGCGCGUCGUCGCCAUCGCCGUCGCUUAUGCUAAUAGGGACCCAGCCGCACGCCAAGCAUUCGAGGCGUUCAUGACCUUGCCCGACGCGCCUCAUUUUCGCACCCGCGUCGGCGUCGAGGACCUCAGUGUCGAGAUGUUCAUCCUCGAGGUCCUUCGGCUUCAUCCACCGACACGAUAUAUCACCCUCAUCGUCCGUGUCGACGACUCCCCCUUCCCGUUCCCCAUUCCCGGCCUCUCUCGCGAUGUCACCGUCGUCGCGGACAUCGAGGCGGUACAGCGGGAUGCCGACAUAUGGGGAGACACUGCAAAUGGAUUUGAUUCGACACGCUUCCACCCUGACCUGCUCACGCCUUCGCAGGAGCAGUCCAUGUUCGCGUUCGGCCGCGGCAGACUUUCCUGCGUAGCCAGAAACUGGGCUCCCCACGCCGCAGCGGUUCUCGCUGGGGCGGUCCUCGAAAGGAUAGGGCCUGAAAGUGAGUUCCGCCUUAUCCAGGGCUCACACUUGGGUCACAGCGGUGGUUGGUUUGGUUGGAAGGUUUGCGAAGCAGUUUGA